AUGCGGAUCCUCCAGCUGCUCUUGGCAGUCUUUGUCAUUCUCCUCCUCCAGGAUGUUCCCGCAAGAGGCCUUUCAGACAGCCAGAAGUGCAGAAGUAACCAUGGCCACUGCCGGAGGCUUUGCUUCCACAUGGAGCGCUGGGAAGGGACCUGCAGCAAUGGCCGCCUGCGCUGCUGCCGCUGACAGGAAACGCGCUGGGAUGGGAAAUAACACCCCGACGAGAACCAGCCCAGCGACCCUCCAACU